CGCUAAGCAACCGCGCUCCCUCCCUCCCUCCUCAUCAUCUUCUUCUUCCCCCGCCCCCCGAUCCAUCCAUCGGUCUCCCUUCUACAAGAACCUUCUGCCAAGAAAACCCUAAGCGCGAUGCACGAGACGGAGCUCCACGACCUCUCCGACGACGCCGAUUACGCCUCGGCCGCCUCGCAGCUCCAGGGAUCGGUGAGCAUGGAGCGGAGCGACAGCGCCAAGACGAGCUCGUCCGCCGAGCCGGAGGGCGCGGAGGUGGUCUAUGCGAAGGAUUACGUGUCGAUUCACCCGUCGCAGCUGGCCUCCGAGAGGAUCAGCGGGAGGUUGAAGUUGAUUAAGCAAGGGCCGUCUCUUUUGCUGACCUGGAUACCCUACAAAGGUCAGGACUCGAACGCUAGGCUGUCUGAGAAAGAUAGGAAUCUUUAUACGAUCAAGGGGAUUUCUUUCUCCGAUAUCAGGUCCAUCCGUCGCCACAACCCGACGCUCGGGUGGCAAUACAUCAUCGUCGUUAUGUCCUCAGGACUUGCAUAUCCUCCUCUUUACUUCUAUAGUGGAGGAGUCAAGGAGUUUCUUGCGACAAUAAAGCAACAUGUUUUUAUUGUGAGGUCAGCUGACGAUGCCAACGCAUUUCUUGUGAACGAUUUUCAAAAUCCUCUUCAGAGAACUUUAUCUUCCUUGGAGCUGCCCAGGGCUGUUGUUGCAAAUGGACUCUCUGCAUCCACAUCAAUUUCAGCUCCACAUUCUGCUGAAAAACAGCCAAUUGAUGAUGGUAGUGUUAGUGGUGAAGUUGCAAGUUUGUCUUUGUACAAUGGGAGGCCAAGACCAAAGGUUCAUGAUCCUGCUCGGGAUCUUUCAAUUCAAGUACUGGAGAAGUUCUCUCUUGUGACAAGGUUUGCUCGUGAAACGACUUCACAACUCCUUCGCGAAAGUCUAAACAAUGGGUAUGGUAAUGAUAGGAGAGACCAUAGCCUGCACCAUCAUGAUUACUCUUACAAGCCAUCCACUGAACCAGAGAAAGCUCCUGAGGAUGUUCCUGUUGUGCCAGAUCCUCUGGAGUUUGAUAAAUUAUCAUUGGUAUGGGGAAAACCACGACAGUCGCCGUUAGGGUCAGAAGAGUGGGCUACUUUCUUGGAUUCUGAAGGACGGGUGAUUGAUUCAAAAGCACUGAAAAAGAGAAUAUUUUACGGAGGAGUAGAACACAGAUUGAGGAGAGAGGUCUGGGCGCUCUUGUUGGGAUACCAUGCCUUUGAUUCAACGUAUGCGGAGAGAGAAUAUCUUAGGUCGAUGAAAAAGUCAGAGUAUGAAGCCAUAAAACACCAAUGGCAGAGUAUAUCUGCAGAACAAGCAAAGAGGUUCGCUAAGUUCAGGGAGAGGAAAGGUCUUACAGAUAAAGAUGUGGUUAGGACUGAUAGGUCACUCUCAUUCUACGAAGGAGAUGACAACCCAAAUGUGAAUCUUCUUCGAGAUAUUUUAUUGACCUACUCAUUUUACAAUUUCGAUCUUGGUUAUUGUCAGGGUAUGAGUGAUCUUCUUUCUCCCAUAUUGUACGUUAUGGAGGACGAAUCCGAAUCUUUUUGGUGUUUUGUUGCUCUGAUGGAACGACUUGGACCCAAUUUUAAUCGAGAUCAAAAUGGCAUGCACUCUCAACUAUUUGCAUUAUGCAAGCUGGUGGAGUUGUUGGACCGUCCACUGCACAACUAUUUUAAGCAGAAUGAUUGCUUGAAUUAUUUCUUUUGCUUCCGCUGGGUUCUGAUACAGUUCAAAAGGGAAUUUGAGUAUGAAAAGGUAAUGCGCCUAUGGGAGGUUUUCUGGACACACCACCUGUCAGAGCAUUUACACCUGUAUGCUUGCGUCGCAAUCUUGAAGCGGUACCGCAACAAGAUAAUGGGCGAGCAGAUGGACUUUGAUACGCUCCUGAAGUUCAUCAACGAGUUGAGUGGCCACAUUGAUCCUGAUGCAAUCCUUAGGGAUGCAGAGGCAUUGUGCAUAUGUGCAGGUGAGAACGGCGCUGCUUGCAUCCCACCUGGAACCCCACCUUCGUUGCCUAUCGAAAGUAGCUUAUUAUACCCUCAGCAGGAUGACGACGUCUUGUAGAUGGGCUAUGCUGCCUUUGCCGAUUACUAAUUAGAUUUGUUUUCUCGUAUUAUGAAGGGGACCUAUAUUUCCUUUAAGUGAUUUAAUUGUCGAAGCCUGUACAAAAAUAGCAGAUUGUAUAAAGCGGACUAGCAAUUCACUCUUUCA